AGAACAAGAACAGGUCUUAUUUUGGCUUUUGGGAUCACCUAAUACCUGUGAUACAGUUGAUCUUCAGUGAUGAGGAUCCUUUACCUACUCUUUUCUUUUCUCUUCUUGGCCAUCCAGAUUUCUCCAGGACUGUCUUCACCCCGGCGGGACAUGUUUUUCUGUAGGAAAGGAACCUGUCAUUGGGGAUCAUGUCCUGUCCACUUGGUUAAAGUUGGAUCUUGCUUUGGGUUCCGCUCUUGCUGCAAGUGGUGA